AUGUUUAGAUAUGAGAAACAGCUCAAAACUGCUCAGAAACUUGGAAUUAGAAAAGCGCUAGUUCUCGCAUUGGGCGCUGCACUUCCGCUUUCUCUCUUGUUCUUCGCAACGGCAAGUUUGUUAGAUACAUUCGGAAAUUCGAGGUUUGGAACUAAACUGGUCCUUGAGGGCAGAAUGACGCCGGGAUCAAUUUUCGGUGUUUUCUGGGCAGUACAAGUUGGCACUCGAAGAUUGGGUGAGAGUCACUCUCAGAUGGGAGCGAUUAUCAGUGCGAAACUAGCUAUUGCUGAUAUUUUUGCUAUUAUUGACAGAACGCCAGAAAUAGACUGUACGCAAGAGGAUGGCUUCAGCAAAGAAAAAAUUAAAGGAGUAAUAAGCUUUAAUAACGUUCACUUUUCAUAUCCCUCACGACCUUCAGUGGAAGUACUCAAAGAUGUCAGCUUUGAAGUAAAACGUGGAGAAAGCAUUGCAUUAGUUGGACACUCCGGAUGCGGAAAAUCUACUAUUGUUUCACUGCUACUGCGGUACUACGAGCAGAAUUCUGGAAUGGUAAAUAGUUACACUGAUCUUUAUAUAAGCUUAAUGUAUUGCCUACAAAAUCAUUUAAAUUGGAGAAAAGGAAAAGAACUGUGAAA